CAGGGCGAUUGGCGCGAGGGGCGCGAGGGUUGCCGCGCAUCACCAGGGCGCGAGGCGUGCGAGACGGGGUGGGCCGGGAGCGCCGGCCGCCAUCGCGUCGGACGCCGCCGUGGCCUUCGCCGAGCGUCGAGCGGUGAGCGUCGUCGUCGUCAUCGUCGUCGGCGUCGUCGUCGUCGUCGUCGUCGUCGUCCGCGGUACAGGAGCUCCAGUGGAAUGCGAGGUCUGUGGCGAGGUCUGUGGUGAGGCAUGCCACGAUAUCCGUGGUGAGCCAGAUCUUCGGCGAGGGCGUAGGUUUGGAGUUGCUGGCGGACGAGGGGCCUCAUGGCAAAGCCAAUGGUGACACCUCCGACUCCGAUGCUGCAGACGUUUUUCCUGCACUCCGUAAGACCUGGCACGGAGCCUCUUCCCGUCCAUCGUUGAGGGAGUCCUUCACGACAAUGGCCGGCAUUGACCGAUGCCGGACGUGCCACACCGCGCCGUCGGCUACCCCGAGCCGGCAUCGCUCUUUCGCCCAGUCUUUCUUGAAUAAGGCCCGCACAAUCCCCAACUUGGAGGCGCAGCCGCCGCGCAGCUCCGUCGACACGGGCUCGCGCAGGGCCAGCACGGUCCUGCUCGAGGGCAUGCGGAAGACCAGCUCCAGCGGCUUCGCUCAAGGGAUGAAAAACCACCCUGACCAGACAAUUGGCGUUUACUAAACGACCCUGGGCGUUUACUGAACAGCCCCGCCCCGUUUGAUUCCUUCUUUGGGUGCGUUUGCUAAACUGCUUCGCGUGUCGGGGUGGCUAUUCUCGGGGGGGAUUUUCUGCCCUCUGUUCGCCGGAGGCUUCCUUACCCGGCGGAGGAGCAGCCGCAGCCUGCACUGCGGCGACGAGGACGACGAUGACGCGACCUCUUGGCCUCUGCUGCCCCAGCCGACGAUGCUCGGCAUGCCGCUCAGGGCGGACCGCUCGGCCGGCAGCGUGGUCUCCAAGCUGUUCGGCCUGAUGAGCCGCCUGCAGUUCGAGAAGCCCUCGACGGCCAGCGGCGAGGGGAGGUCGGUCAGGUCGCCGAUGCGCCACGUCCGUUCCGAGCCCUGCGAUGACAGCUUCACCCCGAAACCCUCGGAUGCGCCAGCGCCGCGUUCGGGGCGAGUGGCCCGGGUGGAGUCGGAGCAGUCUCGGCCAGGGCGGCCGUCUCUGGAGAUGGAGCAGCUGGAGACGGGCGUGGACCUGGAGGACGCGCUGGCACCGUUCUCGGACCAGGCGGCCGCGUCCAUGGAGCAGCUCGCAGCCGACCUAGGGCAGCAGGUCUGCGUCUGCAUCGUUGGCGGACUUGGCCAGCUCCAGGACAGCAAAUCCACGGCCCUGGUGAGGGCGCUGGCCAAGGAGCUCUCCGAGGGGUUGGGGUCGCAAGUGUGUUUCAUGACGUGCGGGCUCCAGCACAAAGUACCGUACCUUUUUGCAGAAGGUUGCGCAGAUGGCGUCAAGUUGUGGAAUCUGGUCCCUGCCCAGCACAAGCGCUACGACGUGCCCGUCGCCACCAACGUGAACGCGGGCGACGACGAGGCACAGUGCCUAGAGGUUUUCUCGGAGCUGGGGGACGUGUACCUGACCGUAGAGGGAGGGCAGAGCGUGGCCGACCUGGCGCGGAAGGUCCACAAGCGUGGCGCGCUGGUGAUCCCGCUGAUCCGGAGUGGCCGCGCCAGCGCUGGCGAGCUCGGGUUUCCAGGAGCUGCCCUGGAGCGGCCGUCGGUCGCCACGGAGGCGCAGUGGGAGCUGCUGGCGAGCAGCGACGUGGACGUCAUGCUCUCCGCAGCCGCCGUGGGGUCCAUCAUCGCCAGGCUCUUGGAGAUCCGCCAGCUGAGGCGCCUCGAGGAGGAGUGGCUGCGCAACGAGGCGGAGAGGGUGCGCCAGGAGGCGGAGUACUCGAGCAGCCUGCCCUCCUCGUGCAAGCCGUCGGCGCUGGCCGUGGCCGCGCUCGUGCAAGAGACGGGGGCCGCGAAGACCGGCCGCCGUGCCUCCGCGGGGGCGCCGGCGCUGGGGAGCGCGGGCGGCGCGCGGCGGCACACGCUGGCGCACGCUGGCAGCUCCAAGGCGGUGGGCAGCCCCGGCGCCUGGCUGGGCGAGGGCGGCGCCCCCGCCGCGCCGGCGCCCAUCCCCGAGGCAGCACCAGAGGCGGC